AUGGGUGAACGUCAAAGAUUUGCUGAUCUUUUGAGAAAAUGCUCCAAAAGUCUGUUAUUUUAUAAGGGCAAGGAAGUUCAUGGAGCUGUGGUAAGAAAGGGCUAUGGUUUAGAUUUGAUGAUUGGCAAUGACAUCAUAGACUUCUAUAGAAAAUGUGGUAGAUUGAGUUUAGCUCACGCAGUGUUCGAUAGAAUGCUUGAAAGAAAUAUUGUCUCUUGGACAUCAUUGAUGUGUGGGUAUUUGCAAGAUGGUGAUGCUGGAAAAUCAUUAAUGCUCUUCCGUGAGAUGGUAUUUUCAGGAGUUAGACCUAAUGAAUACACCUACUCAACAAAUUUGAAGGCAUCUGGAGUUUUGGCUGCCGCUUUUGAAGGAAUGCAGAUUCAUAGCUUGUGCUGUAAAUGGGGAUACGAGUGGUAUCCGGUGGUUGGUAAUUCGGUCAUUGAUAUGUAUUUCAAAUGUGGAAGAGUAUCAGAUGCUGAAUCUAUGUUUCAUGCGAUGCCUGGGAGAAGUCUGAUAACUUGGAAUGUGAUGAUAGCUGGGUAUGCCCUUGAUAUUGAUGGUAAAAAGUCUUUGCUUUUGUUUAAGGAGUUGAGAGAACACGGAGAAACUCCGGAUGAAUACACAUUCACUAGCACAUUAAAAGCUUGUUCUGCUGCUGGAGCUAUCAGUGAGGGAACUCAAAUUCAUGCACUUCUAACUGCAAGUGGAUUUCCGUUUCUGAGCCAGAAAAUCCUCUCAGCGGCACUGAUUGACCUAUAUGUGAAAUGUGGAUUCCUCAUAGAAGCACAUAAACUAUUUAAUGAAGCUGAAGAGAAGAGCGCUAUAUCUUGGUCAGCGCUAAUAUUAGGAUAUGCUCAAGAAGACGAUCUAUCAGCAGCCCUGGACUUGUUCAGAGAACUCAGGAAAGGGGACAAUGCUAUUGAUGGCUUAGUACUCUCAAGCAUGAUGAGUGUCUUUGCUGAUUUUGCUUUUGCUGAGCUUGGAAAGCAAUUGCACUCAUACGCCAUUAAAAUACCAAGUGAUAGCAAAAUCAUCAAGUUGGUGGGAUAG